GGCUGGCAUUGACGUCGAGGAAACUUUGGCCUUCGGUCGAAUACGUCGUGUGAACUUUGUACCGAGAUGGGAAUAUGAAUAUGAUGCGCGGAGGUCCAGCAGUCUUUGUCAACUAGGCCUUACGUCUGCCCCAAAUUUCCAACCAUGGCUAUCAUUGAGGGAGCCACUACUACUCUGAACGAGAAGGAGAAACUCGAGCAAGUGGAGGGACCCUCCACGCUCGACGUUGUGCAGCCCGAGUCACGACUAUCCAAGUACAUUCCGGGCGGCUACUCAAAGUCACGAUGUCUCAAAUUGCGCGGCAGGCCGAUGAUGUACGCCGUUCUGUUGUUGGCGGGCAUCUCGAUCAUGUUCUUCGGCUAUGAUGCCAGUGUCAUGGCCCAAGUCAACACCAAUGCGGAGUAUCUCGAACUCAUGGGCGCUGCGGGUGGCACGUCCAAAGAUGCUGCCCUAGUCGGCGGUAUCGUCAGCAUCUGGUUUCUCGGCUUCCUCAUCGGUGCGCUCUUUGUGGGCUCAUAUGCCGACAAGAUUGGUCGCCUGAAGACGAUUGAGAUUGGUUGUAUCUGGGGUAUCGUUGGCGCCGUUUUGCAAGCAGCUGCGCAGAAUGUUGGCAUGAUGAUGGUCGCACGAAUCAUUGGGGGAAUUGGUUGCGGCCAUUUGAACACGGUCGUGCCCAUAUGGACGUCGGAAAUCGCCGACCCACACCUGCGUGGCGCGUUUGUUGCAGUCGAGUUUACCCUGGCGUUGACAGGAAGCACGCUGGCAUAUUGGAUGGAGUACGGCUGCACCAAAACUCAGUCAGUCUCAUUCGCCUGGCGCUUCCCGUUGGGAUUUCAAAUCAUCUUUCUACUGUUGAUCCUAGUCAUGGUUCCCUUCUUUCCGGAGAGUCCUCGACAUCUGGCGAAGACAGGCCGCUUGGAUGAGGCCCAGGAAAUCCUGGAGCAAUGUCGCACGCACCCGGACCACGAGGCAAUCCUGCAGGAAAUGGAGGAAAUCAAAGAAGCGAUCCGCUUGGAAGCCAAGUCAGCUGCCUCGACAUAUUACACCAUGCUCUUCAAGAAGGACGAGCUCCAUACUCGCCGCCGCAUCAUGCUGGGAGGCGGCGUCCAGGUUCUGCAGAAGCUGACUGGUAUCGACUUCAUUGCGACAUAUGCUCCAGAGAUGUUUGCUCUCGGAGGAUUUUCUGGCGACAAGCCGGCAUUGCUCGCUGGUGGAAACUUCAUCUCGUACACAGCUAGUCUGGCAUUGGCCAUCUACCUGUGUGACCGUGUCGGGCGACGUCGUUUGAUGCUGUCAGGGUGCACCAUGAUGGCAAUCGUCCUCAUUGUGGGCGGCAUCCUCAGCCAUGAAACCAUGGCAAACAAAGGCAACAGCAAGGCUACUGGCUAUGGCGCCGGUGUGACUGCGAUUCUGUAUAUCUAUACAGCUUUGUACGGAAGCACAUGGCUCACCACCUGCUGGGUUUACCCUACUGAAGUGUUCCCCCUCGCAACUCGUGCAAAGGGAACAGCGUUGGCGACUGUGGCAUUUUCGAUCGCAGGAGGAGUGAUCAACACCAUCAUUCCGUACCUGAUUUCGGCCGUCAAUUUUUGGAUUUUCAUCAUCUUCGCGAUCAUCAAUCUCUUGAUGCUCAUUCCGAUCUAUCUGUUCUAUAUUGAAACCGCAAAUCGUCACUUGGAGGACCUAGAUAUUUUGUUUGCCAGCGACAGUCCGCUGGUUUGGCGAGCGGAGAAGGAGUUUGCAAGACGGAAAGCGCAAAACUCGCAUCUUGAACAUGAGUUGGAGGUCGUGUCCUAGUAGCUGCAAUCGAAGCACGUGGGAACACAACUGUAGACUGCAAGAAUAAAUGAGGCUGUCUUUGCAUUUCAUGAGAGCGUGCUAGAGCACCUGUGAAUGAUCUCGCAGCAGUGGCACCGCAAUGGCUGCGAUAUCUAAGCACCGUGCCAAACCGUUACCCAAGGACUUCGUGGCGGAGUCUCCUAAGUCGUCGUACCACGUGGCUGA